CGAUAAACAUUCUACAUAUAAUGAACUGCACUUGGCCAGUGUGGCCACAUUUGCGUAGUAAUUCGCCGCCAAGUCUUCAUUAAGCGACACGCACUUAAUAUCCAAUUAGAAAGUUUAUUAGAAAAAAUUAAAUUAAAUGCAAUUAUGCUAUUAAAUAUACUAUUUUGUAGUGCGCAAUAAGCUGAAUGCAAAAGUCGGCUUAUAGCCUAAAGAAGUAACGAAAAAAAGGUUUAGUUCCUGCAAAAAAAAUGUUCUUGCUCUUCUUUGGGAGCAACGUGAGAUCUAACGUGCGCAAAAUGGCGGAACUAAAAAGUGUCGGGUGACCAAUUGAAUUUUUUUGUUUUUGUUUUGUGUUAUCUUUUUUGCGCAAUAAGUUAAACGCAGUUAAUCGUGUUUAACAAGUGAGUGAGUGUACACGUUUUUGAGUGCGGGAGUGAAAAAUAAAAAUGUCUACCGCUGUUGUCCUUUCGCAGUAUAUGUAUGUAUGUACAAUACAUAUGUAUUUCUUUCAUGUUUGCUUUGUACUCAAGCGAAAAAAGCCGUAAACUUAUUUUCGCGAAUGUUCCACCUUCCAAAAAAUUUCAUCAUUGCUAUAGUGUAACAAGUGUGCGCGUGUGCUUGUAAGUGUCGGUGUGCGAUUAAAAUAAUAAUUUGCUGAAAUGACCUCAGGGCAGCGUAGGCGCCGCUGUUGAGUGCAAUCAGUCCGUACGUGAGGCGCCUAGAUGCAUUUGGAUUUGGAUUGGAAAUUGGCAUCGUCAGCUGAAUCAGAAUUAGAACAGCCGAUUGGGGAGCAGAGGGCAUCAUACGAGUCACGCGUAUCUUCUAAUCAAACAAGGCUAAAAUGUCACGUCUCAGUCUCAGUCUCGUCGAGUCUCGGCAGCCAAACAGAUUGAUCUGACUAAUUGCCUUUGGACUCUCUGUGGUCACACCUUCUGCUUGUGUCCGAAAACUGAACUCUGCAAUUCUCACAACUGGAGUAAGAAAUAAAAAAUGUGCUGGAUUUGCAUUAAAUACCUGCAGCUGCAAAUGCAACUCAUUCAUGGCACGAUGCAAGUAUCAAAUGUUGCUCUAGUCUUUGAGUUUGACAAUUAACUGAAAACGAGAUUAUCGCAUACUUUUAUAAAGUAUUUAUUCGUCUAGCUACUUCCAAUACUUUUAUCGACAUUCGGGAGUUGAGCAACACUGUCAAUAGUCCUGCCAGUUAAGGAACACCUGCCUGCAAUGAGUAGAAACCAGUUUAGACGCAACGCACCCUCGGAGCGGUCGUUGGCCAUGGACGAUGUGGACAGCGAUGAAGCCGGUUACCCUGGCAACGAUGCCCAAAGCAAAGCGUCGAGCAAAACAAGGCGAAGGAAAUCAACAAAAAGAAGCUCGAGCGUCCAUAAAUCUGAUGAGAUGGAUGACAACUUCACUGCCAGCUACUUUAGCUUAUGCGUCACAGGCCAAAUAGUAUCAGCCACAUUUCCACUGGGUCCCGACAAGGAAUUCAUCUUCUGCCGCUACGAAUUAGUUGCCGGACCGGACUGGCAGCUUGCCUCGGGAGCGCAGCACGGUCUCACACAGAUGUCGACCAACAAGAGCGGCCACUUCAAUGAUAAAAUUGUCUUCAACAUGCCCAUCGAGGUGACAUACAAGAGCACCAGUCCCUUUGGCUGGCCACAGAUCUUGAUCAGCGUCUUUGGACAAAACGGCAGCAAUGCUGAGACUUUGUUGGGCUAUGCUCACGCACAUCUUCCGGUCUUCGGUAGCCAACGAGAGAGCGAUCAAUCCUCCGUUCUCAAUGAAGUUCCCAUUCUUAUGCCCAGGUGCCAAAGCAUGUUGGCCGACGUGACCAGUUGGCUGCUGCGUCGCCAGCCGGAGCUAAAAGAUCCCAAAGUGCUGUUGGACAAUCUGCAGAGCAAGGGUCUCUGCAUGGAGUCCUAUGGCACGUUGGAGCUGCAGCUGCACACGAUAAUGCGAGGAGCGCGUAAGCUGGGCUACCAUUGGCAUGCGUAAGUGCUGUCGGAGAUCUGUGAAUAAAACGUGCAAAUGAGACUCGGUUUGCAGUGAUGCAAGCAAACGUUUGUUCUAAUCUAAUUGGUCGAGGUGGUUGUUGGGUCAGGGAAAGAACUCUGCUGCAGGGUGGUUGCCUCAAACUUGACCAUGACCGGCUGCCGUUGACUGCCUCGACUUGGCUGGGCUGGUCGAGCGUGACGCUUACACUAAUCCGACGCGACAAAUUUGCAGCAAUUGGGAAACGAAU